GAGGCAACAGCUCAUGCGUAGUACGUUUCAGCUAAAACCAGCAAUAUAACGCGUCCACCGGGCGGUUUUGCCAGUUCUGUCGUGGUUUUAGCCAAUGUACGAUCGAUUAUAAAACCUCUACAACACAAGUUCUGACUGUUUUUCAAAGUUACAAACUUGCGAUUCAAUAAUUUUUUUAAAUUAUUUUUGUUCGUUAAAUUUUUUUGCAUCAAUCAAGAUGUCAAGCGUACUUCUCGAACAAAUUCAUCAAAGUUACACUCAACUCAUGCAACCUGAAGUUCUUAGAAAGAUCAUAAUUAAAUAUCUUAAUGUCACUACUUGCUCCAGUCCAAUUAUUGAUCACAAAAUUGAACAAGCAAUGGAUCUUGUUAAGAACCACCUGAUGAACACGUGGAGGGCGGAAGUGGAGAUCCUGCGUUCCCGUAUCGUUGAGUUGACGGAGCGCAUCCAACAAUUAGAGCUGGAGAACAAUUUCCUGCGGGCAAACGCUACACCGGAAGUGCUAAACGCACUUUAUGAGCAACAACAGCAACAACAACAAUUGAUUUUGCAAAAAACAAAGGACGAAAUCGCCUCCGACGAGGAUUGAGCCCUUUUCUAUUUUAAAAAUAAUUAAUAAAAAAGAAAAUAACCGCGAUAAUCUUAUUAACGAUUACGUUAACGAAUAUUUAAAUUGCUUAGACUGAUUAUUUAUGUGUAGGUGACGUUUUUGUGUAAUUUCAAAAAAAAAUCACCUACUUGAUGCAUGCAAAGUUACUUAAUUACUUAAAGAAUUUGUAAAUCCAACGUUUAUAAAUUCGAUAUUUGUUAAUUUGAUAUUUUAUCUAUCCAACUACAGGGUGUCCCUUUUUAAACUAAUGAUUGUUGCGUUAGUUUUUUCGUCAAGCAUCUAUUUUAUAUUAAAAGAAAAUAGUAUCAGACAUAUCGACGCUCAAAUACGUUUUGAUAUGAACUCAUAGUGAUAAAGUUAGUAUCGGUGCUAAAAGUUAACAAAAGAAAAUUAAAAAAAAUUGUUUGAUGGUAUGUUUGUGAUAGAAUCGAUAAGGUCUGAUACGAUUUGUUCCUGAACGUAUUUCGGGUCCGGUGCAUUUUACCGAAAAUACACUUUAUCGAAAAUGAAGUUCAAAUCGUAACCGAACGUCAUUUUUGAUACAAAGAACUUUCGAUAAUUUACUAUUCGAUCCAGUAUUUCCAAUAGAUCUGACAUAGGCAAGGAACGAUUGUGUAAAGAAAAAAAAAAGAAAAUUGCUUUAGUGUAGAGACUAACAUAAAAAGGCUGUGCUGAAAUUAUUAUAGUUUGUAUACUCAGAGACGUGUGAUUGCUAACAUUAUAACAUAGUGAAGUUGAGUUUCGGAAAGAAAAA